CCACUUGUAGCUUACGUCACUGUUGUUCAGUAGCUCAUUAAGUUAUGGACAGCCAUGCGUUUACCCUAACGUUAAUAUUUCAUCAUCUAUAUUUUACAUAUCGUAAUUUGUGAAGGAACAAGAAAUUGAGGAUUGAUGCAAGACGGUUCUAUUCCGUCAAAUUGUUCUGUAUAAAGAAAUAUAAAUAUCUGUGAUUAUGGUUGUUGAUAUUAAUGCAGAGGAUUUGGCUUCAGCAGGAGAUCAUGCAAAGUCUAAGAAAGCUCUGAAGAAAGAGGCAAAGGAUGCUGCUAAAGCUGCCAAGAAGGAAGAAAGAAAGGCUUUGAAUGCCAGUCAACAGCAAGAUACGGGAGAUAGUGAUGACUACUCUACAGGAAGGUAUGGCCAACAUCCUAUGGUACAAAGUGCAGACAUAAUCAAACGAGAGUUUGUGCAUGUUAGGCAGCUGGAAUCCAAUCUUGCAGAGACAACAGUAUGGGUGCGUGGUCGGCUUCACACCAGUAGAGCUAAAGGUAAGCAAUGUUUCAUUGUGCUCCGCCAGCAGCAGUACACUGUACAGUGCAUCAUCGCUGUCAAUGAAGUGGUUAGCAAGCUGAUGGUCAAGUUUGCUUCCAAUAUCACAAAGGAGUCUAUUGUGGAUGUAGAAGCAGUAGUCCGUGUAGUGGGCUCCAAGAUUGAGAGCUGUAGCCAGAAGAAUGUUGAGCUCCAUGUGACACAGCUGUUCACAGUAUCCUCUGCAAAGAGUCAGUUGCCCCUCCUCAUUGAGGACGCAGCCCGUCCUGUCAAGGAAGAUGAGGAUCCAGAAGGUCUGAACAUCCGAGUGAACCAGGACACGCGACUGGACAACCGAGUGCUUGAUCUAAGGACCCCAGCCAACCAGGCUAUCUUCCGCCUUGAGGCUGGUGUAUGCAAGCUGUUCAGAGAUAUCCUUACAGAAAAGGGUUUUUUGGAGAUCCAUACUCCAAAGAUCAUUUCAGCAGCAAGUGAGGGUGGGGCCAACGUGUUCACAGUGUCGUACUUCAAGGGAUCUGCAUAUCUUGCUCAGAGUCCACAACUGUACAAACAGAUGGCAAUAGCAGCUGACUUUGAUAAGGUGUUCACCAUUGGAGCUGUAUUUCGAGCAGAGGACAGCAAUACACACCGUCAUCUUACUGAGUUUGUGGGCCUGGACCUGGAGAUGGCAUUCAAGUACCACUACCACGAGGUCCUUGACACCAUUGGCGACACCUUCACACAGAUGUUCAAAGGACUUCGUGACAGAUACGCUGAUGAGAUUGCUGGCGUUGGACAGCAGUUUGCAGUUGAACCCUUCAAAUUCCUGGACCCUCCACUUAAGCUGGAGUUUGCAACAGCAGUGGCAAUGCUGCGAGAGGCAGGAGUAAACAUGGGAGAUGAGGAUGACCUCAGUACACCGGAUGAGAAGCUGCUUGGCCGGCUUAUCAAAGCUAAAUAUGACACUGACUUCUAUAUCCUGGAUAAAUACCCAUUGGCAGUGCGACCAUUCUACACAAUGCCAGACCCAAAGGACAAUAAAAAGUCCAAUUCAUAUGACAUAUUUAUGAGGGGGGAGGAAAUUAUGUCUGGGGCACAGCGAAUCCAUGACCCAGAAUUCCUCACUGAGCGAGCAAAAGUUCAUGGUGUUGAUCUUGAGAAGAUUAAGGCAUACAUAGAUUCCUUCCGUUUCGGCUGUCCUCCUCAUGCAGGUGGUGGUAUUGGACUGGAAAGAGUUGUCAUGUUGUAUUUAGGUUUAGACAACAUCCGGAAAACGUCGAUGUUUCCACGUGACCCCAAAAGAAUAACUCCAUAAACAUGCAUGAAUCAGAAAGGCAAUGUUUUGUAAGUUCCACUCACCAAUGUAGUGAAUCAUAGGGAAAUAAUACUUUUGAGAUUUUGAUAUCUGUACUAUAUUAUAAUGAAAAUUGUGCUGCAGGCACCUUCAGAAUUACAAUAACUAAAGUUGAAUAUGGCUACAUUGCAGUCUAAAUUCUGGAGUGAAACAAGGGUUCAUGUUGAAGUAUAAUUUGCAUAAUGGACCCAUACUGAAAUGAACCCAUGGAAUGUGGAUGGUUUAACUGAGAGGGAUGCAGCCCUUGAAACCAAUUAGAUAUGCCCAUGAAAAUUUGAGUAAUCUACUGAUCUUUGGUUUCAAAUGGGUAUUUUUCUUCAGUCAAACAUAUUUAAGCUUAAAAUACUUGCUUAUUUAGUAGUAUGUUAGAUUUUCACAGCAGUGAGUCUGAAUAUGGCUGUCUUCUAGGUUGUAGCACCAUGAUAAUUUAAGUUUUUGAAUUAAAUGUAUCAGAUAAAUACAAAACGUUCUCAUCCAACCAGUGUCUAUAAUGCAAGUGAGCUACAGCAGAGUGCUCAACCAGCAGGCCACAAGUGUGUUUUGUGCAGCCAACAUAUAUUUAUUGUGAUAUUGAGUUACCCUAUAUGAUGAAUAGUAGUUACUGAUACUGUUCUACUAAUGGCCUCAGUACCAUUUUUAAUAAAUUGUCUUGAAGGUUCAAUAAAUUGUCCACAUUCAUAAUAUUGUUGCCCAUAAGUCAGUAAGCAAGGGUAAAUGGAGCCUUGGGUUUUGAAGAGGUCAAGCACCCCUAAUCGACUGGUUUUCAUUUCCAUUCUGAGAAGUGAAACAUCUGAAAUGUUAUAUUUUUCCAUGUGAUGUUAACACCCAGAAGUCAGGAAAGGCCUUGCAUUAGAUCUCAUUGUAUUUCAGUUCAAUACACAUCCUGUGCUGUUUAAAAUAAUUUAUCCUGUGUAGCUAGCCCUUAUUAGUCAUCAAAGCCUUAGUCGAUGGUGUUUGCAGCCCAGUUAACAUUUUUUCUUAACUAACAGUUACUGUGUAAAAUGCCAAAAUAUGGUUUUCCUCAUAUAGCAGUAUAUUUGUCAUACAAAAUAGUAUGCAUUGUUUUCAGUGGAAUGUUUAAUUUUUGUACACAUUUAAGAUGGCAGUAUAAUAAAACAGAAUGAGACAAAUGUAUGUAUGUGUGUGUGUGGAACUAAUAAAGAUUGGUUUUUAGAAUGUA